UUUUUGUGAAAGAAUGGGAAUAGAACGUAGCUUCACCAGCCCGUACCACCCACAACCCAAUGGAUUGGUUGAAAAUGCUAAUAAAUCCAUAAAAAGAGCAUUGCGAAAGAUGGUUGAUGACAACGGGAGUAAUUGGGAUAAAUUACUUGACCCCAUUUUGUUUUCUUUGAGGACUAAAAUACACGCAUCAACAAAAAUGUCACCAUUUCGACUAAUGUUUUGUGUAGACCCACGGUUUCCAGAAGAAGUCUCAGAGAAUUACACGAUCCCAGAUCUGGAUACACUUGAGGAAGAAUGCUGCAAAGACUACAGCAUCAAUAGGAAAUCGAGACAUGAGGCUGACAUUGCACUGGCCCUAAGUAACAUUUCUAAAGCACAAGAAAAGCAACAAAGAAAUUAUGCUAAAAGAAAGAUUUCUAAAUAUGGGGAAAUAACCUUUGCUGUUGGUGACUCUGUUCUGUUACUGAAUGCUAGAAAGAGAACAAGAAAAGGAGCAGUACUGGAAUCUAACUAUCGGGGACCAUACAAAAUUACAACUGUUGAGGGUAAGAGAGUGAAAUUAGAAACCAUCUCAGGGAAACAGUUAGGAACCAUGUACAGUAUUGCACACUUCAAACCAUUCAAAGAGCCACCAACAUUAGCUGCUGAAAGCACAUCAGAGGGAAAACUCGGAACUGAAAUUGCAGUUGGUGACACUGAACCAGAAAUACCCAUGGAAGAAAUUAGAAAAGUGGUUGGUACUGUAUCUCACGACAGCACAUUAAAAAACAUAGAGGUCACAGCAAUGGAAGAGGAGGAGUAUAUAGGGCAAGAUGUUUCAAAGAAUGAUACAAGUGAUGCGGAUGACAUUUUUGAUGACGUGCUUAUGGAGGACGUGGAAAACAAGCAAUGGAUUCUGAAAGUCAAAUUUGUAAUGACCGACAAACACACAGAGAGACUGGAGGCCAAAGUGAGAAACAUAAAAUUGUAUGGCUCCUCAUUUCAUUGCCUGAAACCGAGAAACUGGUUAAGUGAUGAGGUUAUUGAUGCAUAUUUGAGCUGUGUGGUCGAGAAAGCAGAUGGAAAGGUACAAGCCAUCUCAUCAGUAGUUUCUACUGUCAUUCUCUCAGGCAGAGCUCCACAAAUUAAAGUGAAGAGUGAAUUACUUCAAAAUGAUAUAUUAUUGCUUCCUUACCACACACCAGGUCAUUGGGUUCUUGCGAUAGCCUCGAUGAAAAAAAAGAAUUGUUAAUAAUUGACCCCUUGUGUGAUGAGAUGAGAUAUGAAAGAACAUGCCUGAGGAAUUGGAGAAACUUCAACAAACGAUUAACUGGAAAAUCCUCAUCUGAUUGGAACAGUAAAAUUGUUCAUCAUCCCAGACAAAGUGAUGGCCACAACUGCGGACCACUCAUCUUAAAGUUUGCAGAAGCAUAUUUGGAGCACAAAGACAUAAGUAUGAUAGAAACAACACAAGAGGCUAAUAUUGUGUUUAGAAGACAUAUAGCAAUUCUUCUAAUGAAGGAGUCAGGUAAUUACUUUCUACCAUGUACUGUUGUCUCAUUAGGCACAUGUGAAGAUAACAUGAAGAGUGGAAUUAUGUCACAUAGCAGACAGUUAUCUUAAUACCCUUAAAGUGGGAUAUCUCACAGGUUUGGUUCUGUAAUGGUGACUAUGAACCAAUAAUAUCCUUAAGUACACAAAAAUUUGAAUCAGGUGAAUGAUGAUUGCUAUUGAUCGGCUAGCUAAAUGAAAUUGGCAUUUUUAGAUACAGGGGCAGUAAACUAAAAAUUUGAGAAAAUAUGAGUCACAAAAAAGGAAAAGAUACGUUCAAACCAUUGACUGGAUUAAAAUAUUGACAUUAAUUAAUAAAUGAAGAUUUGCAUUUUCAGUUUUGGUCAUAAUGUAUUCAUUUCAUAACGAUAUAUAUAUUUUUAAGAAAACGUGGAAGACUACUGCAUAUACUGCAACCUCGUCAACUGUGAAAAGGAGAGUGAGGAUUGCACGAUGGUACAGUGUGAUUCUUGCAAGAGAUGGGCACAUAUGCCCUGCAUUACAGAAGGAACCAAUCAAGACUACCUGACUGAUGCCAAGAAAGAGUACAACUGCAAGAAAUGUGCAUAGUUCACUUCUUUACCCCCCCCCAAAAAAUUUGUUUAAAUGCCUCUUGUUCAAAACAUAAUGCAACCAAAAGACAUUUUUCAUGUAUAUA